UUAAAUCCGGACAUUCAUGUCGAUAAGAAACUUGAAACUAAAUCUCGUGACGUCUUCUCGGCUAUACAAACCGAGUCCUCGCUUCCCGAAUACCCAUUUCACCGCUGCGCCUUUCUAGGGUUUCGACCUCCUCCGGCUCUUCGCUUGCGUCGCUAUUCGCCGUCAUGCCUCGUCGAAGCUCUGGUGGCUUCUUAUAGGCUUGCUAAUCUAAUUGGUGAUACGAAUCUGGGUUUUUUUCUGGUGAUUUUUAGGAUGCAAUAUAUUGGUUGUCGUUCGGCCCCUCGUGCUGCUCGACGUCCUGCUCCUGUGAGGAACCCACCCCAACCUGCACGUCAAGCUCCGCCUCCAGCUCCUGUUCAGGGUGGUGGAUCUAUCCUGGGGGGAAUUGGAUCCACCAUCGCUCAAGGUGUGGCAUUUGGCACGGGGAGUGCCGUUGCUCAUAGGGCAGUCGAUGCUGUUAUGGGGCCUCGCACCUUCCAGCAUGAGACCAUUGCAUCCGAAGCUCCUACUGCGGCAGCACCUGCCAACCCAGUGAAUUAUGCUGGCACAGAUGUAUGCAGCAUCCACUCGAAGGCUUUCCAGGAUUGCAUCAACAACUAUGGGAGUGACAUCAGCAAGUGCCAGUUCUACUUGGACAUGCUGAACGAGUGCCGCAGAGGAUCUGGUGCCGCUUGAUCUCUUAUUAUUUCAGACUUGAUGAUCCCUUGUUUCAAGUAACAAUAAUAAACCCUGGUGUCAAGAAAUGACUUGCAACUUACUUUGUCUUACUUAGUAUGGUCACUAAUAAUAAAUCCACUACUUGUAAAAAAAAAUCUCUCAAUUGAACAUAUAUCAUGGAUGUUUGAACUUCUGUUUUUCAAUAAUUGUUGCUUUUGUUUUUAA